UGGGCCUCCAUACUUUCCUGUGUUUAUGUUUACUCGCCUCCAUGUCGUAAACAACAGACAAACGGCUUAAAAAAAAACAGGCAAACGGCUUCCUGUCUGUCCAGGAGAGGGGGCGGGGCUUCGCGGCUCAUCAAGGUGUGGUCCAGGUUGUUUUGAGCAGCAGUUUCAGUCGAAGGAUCUCAGGUGAAAACAGGAACAGAUUAUUAUCCAGUAAAUCCAUCAGAAAUGUCCAGACCCAAAGAAAGUCCUCCUCCCUACGAAGCAGGUGGUUCUUUCAUCGGCCCGGCUCAGCCGGCCUACUCCUACUACCCCGAUGACGAGUUCCAGCACUUCUACCGCUGGUCGUCUCCGCCGGGCAUCAUCAAGAUCAUGGCCAUCAUCGUCAUCGUCUUGUGCGUGGCCAUAUUCGCCUGCGUGGCGUCCUCGUUGGCUCAUGACAGCCCCGGCGCCUUCUCCAGCAUGGGUGGAUACAUGCCGGGAUACGGCAGCGGCGGUUACGGCAGCAGCUAUGGCGGCGGCAGCUACGGCGGCAGCAGCUACGGCGGUGGCUAUGGGGGAGGCUCGUACGGCGGGAUGUACGCUGAUCCCCGACAGGGCAAAGGCUUCUUCAUUGCUCUGGCAGUGAUGGUCUUCAUCUUUUCUCUGGUUGUCUUCAUCAUCAUCGUGUCCCAUCAGAGGUUGACGGAGAGCAGGAAGUUCUACCUGGCCACGGCGAUCAUCUGCGCCAUUCUAGCGCUGCUGAUGUUGAUCGGCACCAUAGUAUACUUGAUGGCCGUUAACCCAGCGGCCCAGGCCACCGGCUCCAUUAUGGGAAACCAAAUAGCCAGCAUGUGCGCUCCGUAUCAACAGCAGCAGAUGAUGGGCCCGAUGGUCAACCAGUACCUGUACUACUACUGCGUGGUGGAGCCGCAUGAGGCCGUUGCCGUCGUGUUCGGCUUCCUGGCCACCGCAGCCCUGAUCAUAAUGGUCGUCUUUGCGGUGAAAACUCGCCAGAAAAUCUCCAGCUUUGGAAAGAGCAACAUUUUCUGGAAAAAAGUGAAGGAUGUGGAAGAAGUGGCACCAGGUCAGGAUGUAGAAGCCUGGGUGAACGGUGCGUCGGGUCCCAUGUCAGAAGCUGCUUUUUCCGCCUAUCCAGAGAAACGGAGAGGUUCCAGCAAUUAUCUGGAUGAAGAAAAUAUCUACGACAAACCUCCAUCCAUCGGCACCCCGCAACCUUUCCUGGAAGAGCAAGCCCUGCAGAAAGCAGCUCCGUACAACAGUUCCUCUGAAUUGGCAAGCUCAUACGGACAACCUAAAAAGCCUCGCGCAGGUCGGCCACGCCGCAACAACGGACAGGACUACGACACCGAUUACAACUCCUCUGGAGACGAGCUGGACGACGAUGACUUUGACAGUGAAUAUCCUCCAAUAAAAAACGAGCAGGAGCGCAACGACUACAAGCGGGAGUUUGACCGAGACCAUCAGGAGUACAAGAACCUGCAGGCGGACCUGGACAAAGUCAACAGGAGGCUGUCGGAACUGGACGAAGAGCUGGACCAGCUGGAGGAGGGAAGUCCACAGUUCCUGGAUGCCAUGGAUGAGUAUAACGCCGUCAAGAGCUCCAAGAAGACUCCAGAUUACCUGGUGAAGAAGCGCAGGUGUAAAUACCUGAAGGCCAAGCUCAGCCACAUCAAGAAGAUGGUCAGCGAUUAUGACCGCAGAGGCUGAAGGAGCCUUGGAUCAACCUGCGCGCGCCCGAGGACAAAAAAGGAUCCCGAUGGCCGGGAAAGUGAGGAAACGGCGCCCUCUGCAGGAUGGAAUCAACAUAACAGGCAUGACGGCUGUUUCAGAGGCGGAGGAACCAACCUGCCGCGUGCUCUGCUUCUGUCAGGAAUGUUGCAUAUAUUUAUUUGUCUAAUGUGAAGCUGAUGCGGCGUGAACAUAAAGUGUGUGGAAGGUUUUAGCUGAGGGAAAUCAUUCUUUAAUUCUCCUUUUUAAUCUGCAGUUUUUACUGUAAACAUGAGGGUAAUGCCGAUGUUUCACCAGUGUUUGUUUUUUUAUGCAACAUACACACUUAAAGGUACAUUUUUGAAAAUCAAUGGCAGUGAUGAUCUUUACUGACUUUUCAUGAAUUUUUUGUAAUAAAUGAAUCAUUUAAGGACUUUAAAA